AUGCAAUUGGUUAGUACUACUAAGAGAUGGUGGGAAUUUGUGAGACCAACUGGUGGUAUUCCUUUGAGCUGGGAUGAGUUCAAGAGAAUAUUCUUUGAUCAAUACUUUCUAGUCUCAUUUAAAACUGAAAAGGAAGAGGAAUUUCAUGCUCUCAGGCAGGGAGACCUGGACAAGGAAGAAUUUAUAAGAUUUAAUGACUUAUCAGCUUAUUCCACAUAUCUCCAAUAUAGUAAUGACUCAAAGUGGAAAUCUGAGAGAUUACUUAAAAAGAUGAGACUCCAGUACGGGCAACAGAUAGCACUGCUUGAUGUGAUGACGUAUGAGGAAAUGUACCACAAGCUAAGAGUAGCAGCUAGGCAUUAUAGAGAGGUCCUACUGGUGGAAUCUCAAAGAGGACUGGGUUCAGUGCGAGCAGUUCUAGUUCUUCUGAAAGAAGAGGUUUCAGUUAAGGAUCGUAGUCUCGACCUGUGUAUAGAGGGUCAAUGCAAAGGGGGUGGAGGUGUGAGAAUUGGGCCUCCACAGUCUUUGAGGAUUUGUAUGCCUGAUGAUGAUGAUUUGAGAAAAGUUAUCUUGAAUGAGGCUCAUUGUAGCAAAUACAUGAUCUAUCCGAGAGGUACAAUGAUGUACCAGGAUGUAAAGCAGUAUUUGUGGUGGCCUGGUAUAAAGAAAGAUGUAACAGAGUUUGUGACUCAGUGUUUGACCUAUCAAAAGGUUAAGAUAGAGCACCAAAGACCAACAGGAAUGUUAUAA